AUGAGCGUGUCGGCCGCGCUCUGCGUGUGCGCAGCCGGUCCGGGCCUGCAGACGGCUGUGUGUCAGUGAGGAGGCGGAGAGCUGGGUGUGGGCCCCCGGGAGCUGGGCCGGGAGCUGAGCUGGAGACGGGCCGUGGCCGCUUGCUGUUGUUCGGGCAGUGACGGUGUCUGUGAGCGGGCAGUGACCGGCUGAGGGGAGGGGAGGAAGGGCAGGACCCGGGGCUGGGUUACGGGGUGGGAAUGAAGAUGGCGGACGCCAAGCAGAAGAGGAACGAGCAGCUGAAGCGCUGGAUCGGCUCGGAGACCGACCUGGAGCCGCACGUCAUCAAGCGGAAGAAGACCAAGGUGAAGUUCGACGAUGGCGCUGUGUUCCUGGCCGCCUGCUCCAGCGGGGACAGCGAGGAGGUACUCAAACUGCUGGACCGGGGGGCCGACAUCAACUACGCCAAUGUGGACGGACUCACCGCCUUACACCAGGCCUGCAUUGAUGAUAACCUGGAUAUGGUCAAAUUUCUGGUGGAGAAUGGAGCUAGUAUUAAUCAACCAGAUAAUGAAGGCUGGAUACCACUGCACGCUGCGUCUUCUUGUGGAUAUCUUGACAUAGCCGAGUAUUUAAUAAGUCGAGGAGCUAAUGUAGGUGCAGUAAAUAGUGAAGGAGACACUCCACUGGACAUUGCUGAAGAAGAGCCAAUGCAAGAACUCCUUAAGAAUGAAAUUAAUCGUCAAGGCAUUGAUGUUGAGGCAGCUAGGAAAGAGGAAGAAAGGAUAAUGCUUCGAGAUGCAAGACAGUGGCUAAAUAGCGGGAAUAUAAAUGAUGUUAGACAUUCAAAAUCUGGUGGGACAGCACUCCACGUUGCUGCUGCUAAAGGUUAUACUGAGGUUUUAAAACUUUUAAUACAGGCGGGUUAUGAUGUUAAUAUUAAAGACUUUGAUGGUUGGACACCACUUCAUGCUGCAGCUCAUUGGGGAAAAGAGGAGGCUUGUAAAAUACUUGUAGAAAAUCUCUGUGACAUAGAUUCCAUUAACAAAGUGGGUCAAACCGCAUUAGACGUUGCAGAUGAAGAUAUUUUGGCAUAUUUGGAAGAACUGCAAAAGAAACAAAAUCUGCUGCUUAGUGAUAAGCAAGAGAAAUCACCGUUAAUUGAGUCUUCAACAACUACGGAAAACAACCAGUCAUUGAAAACACAGAAAAACAAAGAAACUUUGAUCAUAGAGCAAGAAAAGACUGGCAGAACCAUAGAAUCUCUGGAACAGGAGAAGGUAGAUGAUGAGGACGAAGGAAAGAAAGAUGAAUCCAGCUGUUCCAGCGAGGAAGAGGAGGAGGAAGACUCAGAGUCUGAGACAGAAACAGAUAAAACGAAACCAUCCGCACUUGUAAACAGUACGAGUAGCAGCAGCAGCACACAACUGACAACUGUUACAGCUCCAACACCUUCCAUACCAGCUGGUCAAGUCACACCCACAUCACCUGUUAAAAAGUAUGAUAUCAUUGCACCUUUCAUGCCAGUGGUGGAGUCCAAACAGCCUACAUCUUGGAGACAAGGCUUACGCAAAACUGGCAUAGUCCUUGUGCCAAGUAAAGGUGACAAAUCUCUGUUCCCUACCCCUGUAAACAAAGUUUCUCCUAAAGAGGAGGAGCGAAAAGAUGAAUCUCCUGCUUCCUGGCGAUUAGGGUUACGUAAAACCGGAAGUUAUGGUGCGUUGUCAGAGAUUACUGCUUCCAAAGAAGGUCAAAAGGAAAAAGAUUUCACUGGUGUCAUGCGUUCCGCUUCAAGUCCCAGACUUUCGUCUACUUUAGACAACAAAGAGAAGGAUAAAGAUGGUAGAGGAACAAGAUUUGCAUAUGUUGCUCCAACCAUACCAAGGCGUCUUGCAAGUACUUCUGAUAUUGAAGAGAAAGAAAACAGGGAUUCUACUUUCGGUUUGUCACGUAGUGGUGGGUCCUAUACAAGAAGGAAAUGGGACGAAGACCCCAAAAAGAAUAGUUCUGUAAAUGAAUUAUUGAAUACAAGUUACCAACGAAGUAGCUCAUUUGGUAGACGACAAGAUGAUCUCAUUAGUUCGAGUGUUCCAAGUACUACUUCUGGAUCUACACCACCCAUUACCUCUUCUGGACUCACAAGGAGUCUUUCUAGCACUAUUAGUACUGCCAGGUCUACAACGGGCUCUUCAGGCUUACAAAGCAGUACCUCAAACCGUUUGUGGGCAGACGAUAGUUCUGAAAAAGACAAGGACACUGUCCCUAUGGCAGUCACCAUUCCUGUUGCAAAUACCGCCACCACUUUACCGUCUAUGACCACAACUUCCUCUGGCACUGUUCCUUCCACAGCGGAGGUCAGGGAAAGACGCAGGUCAUAUCUUACGCCAGUUCGUGAUGAAGAAUCAGAGUCCCAAAGAAAAGCUAGAUCCCGACAAGCCAGACAGUCCAGAAGAUCAACACAGGGUGUAACUUUAACGGAUCUUCAAGAAGCUGAAAAAACAAUUGGUAGAAGUCGCACGUCUCAAACUAGAGAGCAAGAAACUGAAGAAAAAGAGAAGCAAGAUAAAGAAAAACAAGAAGAUAAAAAAGAAUCCGAAAUUAAAAAUGAGGACUAUAGACCCAGAUAUUCCCGAAGUAUAGAAGAGUCAUCACGAUACAGUAGACCGCUGUCGUCAACCAGUACUACUUCUUCAUCCACACCAUUGUUGUCGUCCUCCAGUAGUUCUCUAUACACAUCAAGUCAACUGAACCGGCCAAAUAGCCUAACUGGUAUAUCAUCAUCCUACUUAAACUUUUCAAGGAUUUCAAAAGAUUCUGAAAGAGAUGGCGAAAAGAAAGAAGAUGAAAGAGACUCUGAAGAUAAAUCUCAGUCCAAAUCCAUACGAGAAAGACGGCGACCUAGAGAAAAAAGGAGGUCUACGGGAGUGUCUUAUUGGACCCAAGAUAGUGAUGAAAACGAGCAAGAUCAUCAAUCUGACACAGAUGAGGGUACAAAUAAAAAAGACAGUCAAGUGGAUAGCUUUAUAUCAAGGUUCACCAGUGGGUCUUCAAGUUCCAUUAGUGACCGCUAUGACUCAAUCAUUGGCCAAUCAGGACCUUCUAGUUACUUAGAAUCCAGAAGACUUUAUCAUAGUAGACCAGAGAAGGAAGACUCCACAGAUUUUAAAAAGCUCUAUGAACAAAUCAUAGCAGAAAAUGAAAAAUUAAAGGCCCAGUUGCAUGACACCAACUUGGAACUGACGGAGCUCAAGUUACAGCUAGAAAAAGCAACUCAGAGACAAGAGCGGUUUGCAGAUAGAUCUCUAUUAGAAAUUGAGAAAAGGGAAAGACGAGCCCUGGAGAGACGGAUAUCUGAAAUGGAAGAAGAACUUAAAAUGCUACCUGACCUUAAAGCAGACAACCAGAGGCUAAAGGAUGAAAAUGGGGCCUUAAUCAGAGUUAUCAGCAAACUUUCCAAAUAAUCUGAGGUUUUACUGCAGCAGCGAUUUUAUUGGCAUUGCACAUUGUAACUCCAGUGGAACACAGUGUGGCUGACACUGGAUGUUGAAGCUUAGGGGCAUGAGAUUGGAUGUUGAGGCAUAAGGGGGGAUUAUUCCUUGGCAAGUGUAACUAUCAGAAAAUCCUGCCAAACAACCUCUUACCUGCCCCCUUCCUCCCUGUUUUUGUACAAAAAGACAACAAAAAACAAGUUUUGUAUUAAAGCGCAGCUGAUGGGGAGAGAAAAUGACUAUGAAUUCUUGUUUACAGUUAUAAGGUGCAAGGAAAGUGUUCAAGGCCAGACGCCUCCGAUAUUUAACCAGUAAGCCUUAGUUGUACAUACGCCUUUUGCAAUCAGAGAGCUUUCUGCUACCACAGAAGACAGUUACAACACAGAUUUUGUUGUGCCACACACAUCCAUUUCCUUCCCACUUUUAGAUCUUUUUUUUUCUGUUCCUAUUUUAACUUUGAGUGUGCCAGUGUUUUUUUUUUUUUUUUGUUUUUGUUUUUUUUAAUAUAAAUACACUGCAGAUACUGCUUACUGAUUUGUUGUUGCGCUGCAUAGACAUUUUGCUUGCUUUAACACCAGCUCCUCAUUGUGACCUUUGGCUGCCCAGAGCAUAACCCGGGGGGCAUUUGCAUUCAUUGUUUGUGCAAUAUGCAUUUAUAUCAUGAAACUGAAAGCUAGCACUGGUUUUCUUUUGUUUUGUUUUUCCUCCUAGCCAUCACUUUUUCUUUAACAAAAAAAACAAAGUUUAUACAAUAUGCUAUAAUUUCCACACACUUUUUUUUUUUUUAGCAGGUACUGACUGUGUGUAUGUAUAUAUUAUAUAUGUGUGCUUCUAUAUAUAAAUAUAUAUAGAUAUUCUAGUCUGUGUCUAUAUAUAAAUAUAUAUAUGCUGAUCCUGUAUUGUUUCCAGACCACUGUGUGGCAUGCUCAAAUCAUCCCUUUCUGCAACGUCUGUUACUUCAGGUUAGAUUGUUCCUAAAUAGUGAUCUUAAUAAAGCUCAGUAAUUUUUAUGGUAUAAUGUCUAUUUUAUGGAGGCGUGACUUUAGAUAUAAUUGUAAAAUAUUCUGAUUUUCGUUUUUUAAGUCACAAUUAUUAAAACGUAUGUUACCGUUUCACUACAUUUCAUAUUUCUUUUGAGUGCUGUCAAAAAAAAAAGGAAAUUGUGCUAGCUAUAGAGUGAUGUCACUAUGCUUGUUCCCAGCGCACUCUAUAAUGUAUAUGCACUGUUGCCAUGUCAGAAGGCAUGUAAAUGAACACACCAUCAUAUCUGUUUUCUACAUUUCAGUGGCCUUUUUUUUGCAGAAAGUAACCAAUAUUAUAAAUGUAUGAGUAUACAGCUAAGUCAGGAUUGUUUUUGUUAUAGAACGCUUUUUAUAUUUUCACUGAUCCAUGAAGACUAUGGCUUAUUUACUGGCACAUAAACUAUCUAAUCCACUGAAACAGCUCAACCAUUAAAACAAAACUGUAAAUUGUAAAGCUUGCAGCAGCUAUUGUAUUGUUGAUUAUAAUGUAUACUAUAUUAAAUGUGAAUUUUUACCCCUUCCAUUUACAAAAAAAAAGGUCAUUGUGAUCAACUGCCUAUUUUUAUUUUAUUUUUUUGUGGGUUUUUAUUUUAUUUUUUUCCUCUUUUGGCAAUCCAAACUUGAUGUUGUCAUUCUUUUGGUUUAUUAGUUUUCUGAAGAUACAGUCUUGCUCGUACUGCCAAGCUCAGGAUUUCUUGAUAAUUUUAUUAAAGGUACAAAGAUAGUCAUUAUGUUCUUUUGAUUAUGUAUGUGGGGUGUCGGGGGUUUCAGUCAAAACUGUACUGCAAAAUGAAUUGCAGGUUUGUGGAUCUGCAAGAUAAUGUGUGACGAAGAGAAAUAUUCUAUGGAUAAUAUUUGGAAAAGCAUGGGUGUCUGUGAAGAAAGAUUAAAUAUUUCUAAUUUAGUAUUUUAUAUCUAGGUUAUUUAUUCUUUAUCGAAAACAGAUUGGCUGCUGUGCUACAUUGGUUUUUAUUGGUAGUACAGAGCAGGCUUUGUAUCUGCAUGAAACUAGUUUAACCAAAUUUUUUUUUGUUUUCCAAAAAAAAUGUAUUUUGACAUAUACAAAUAAAAAUGAAUAAAACUAUUUUCAAUGUGUGCAUCGCCAUGUUAAGGGGUAAUUGUAUUGCAGCCUUUUCAACGUAUGCAUUGUUGGGCAUUAAAUAUUGUUAGUAAUCUGAAACGUUUCAGAAAAGGAUGUCUGUGCACAUUGCAAUUGCAUGUGUUUAGUUUGGGUGAAAUUUUCCUAUAUUUACACUGCUUGUGAAAUAAAGAAAAUGGUGCAAAAUAA